UGAUCUAUCAAUUUUGACAUUGAUUAGAUUUUUGUUAAUUUUUAUAUUUUUAUUUUAUUCCAAACAAAACUCGCAAUAAUAUGUCCGAAUUUCCUAGUAACAUAGAUUUAGAUGAAUUAUUUCGAUGGAUCGACGAACACGAAAUCACUAGGCAAAAGAAAAAUUUAAACAGGGACUUUUCUGAUGCGGUGCCGCUAGCCGAAAUUCUUAAGCAACAUUUUCCUAAACUUGUUGAUUUACAUAAUUACGUUCCUAGGAAUGCUUUGUCUCAGAAAAUUGUAAAUUGGAGUAUUUUAAAUAAAAAGGUGCUGAAUAAAUUGAAGAUUAAUUUACCCUUUUGCGAACAAGAGCAGCUAGCAAAGGCUGUACCAGGUGCUAUUGAAAAACUUUUGCACAAAAUUAUGGUAAAAGUGGAAAAGCAGCAAGAGGUUAAAGGUAGCACUGAAAAGGAUGAAAAGAUUUAUUAUUUAGAUGGAAUAUCCAAUUCGGAAGAACAUGCAGAGGAGAUUUUAGAUAUCAAGAUUAAAACAGGAGCGAAAACAUCCAGUCAAAAGAUGGUCCCGGUCAAUAUUUUUAAUAAGAUGGAGUCAGAAAUUACAGAGAAAACCAAUGAAGUUAUUAAGUUAAAACAGAAGAUCGAGCACUUAGAAAGUAUGCUGACGAUAAAAGACGAAAGAAUAACAGACCUUACGCGACAGCUUCAAACGAUGGUAAACGGAGAUGGCGACAGUACCACAUCCCCCAGAACAAGAUUUUUUAAUAAAAUAUUUUAGUGUAUUUGAUUUCUAAAAUAUAUUUGAAAAAUAUAUUUUUAUACUUA